GGCUCCUGCAACGGUGCCUUCUCCGGGCGCCGCUUUGCAGCUCGUGGACUGAACAACCUUCGCGGAGGCAAAAGGCGGAGAGGAGGCAGCGCGCCUCCUCCUCUCUCUCUCUCUCUCUCUCUCCUCUCUCUCAGCAGCUGGAGUUGAGGGAGGAUGCUGCCGGAGCCUCCUCUCUUCCCUCCUCCUCCUCCUCCUCCGUCUCAGUCUCCGCUCCUUCCACCUCCAGCUCCUUCAGACUUCUUCGGGGCCGGAUUAUGAAAUGACCAUUCCUGGUCCCCUCGCCGCCGCCUGGAGCCCGUCUUUCUCGCUUCUGCCGCCGCGCGCCGCCGGGCUGAGGAGGAGGAGGAAGAAGCAGCAGCAGCAGCAGCAAAGAAGAGGAAGAAGAAGCAGCAGCCCCAGCUGGGUCUACCGCCCGAGCCAAGGCGGCUGAAGGAAGGUGGAAGCAAGGAAAGGAAGCUUCCACAACCCACACCCCUUUGGCCCAAGUCUGGCUUGAGUAGCCUUCUCUUGGAGACUCUCCUCUCCGGCUGGGCUGCAUCUAGGAAAGUCGCGGGACCUCGCGGCUCCGUGGGGCGAAGAGGGGUCUCCGUGGCCCCCCGUUUCCCUUCCUCCCAUCAUGGGGAAAGGGCUGGACGCCGCCGCCGCCCGCUACGGACUGGGACUGGGAUACUUGCUGCAGAUGGUGGUGCUGCCCGCCUUGGCCAUCCUGGGAGCCAGCAGCCCCGGAUCCGCCGCCGCGCAAGAUGGGAAGGAUUAUGCUAGAGUGCUACCCUCUGAAGAAUUUAUUCGUAUUGGUGAUAUAUAUGAUGACUUUUUUCAUGAGCUCCCAGAAAGCUUCCCUUCUGAUCCUCCGGAGCCCCUUCCACAUUUCCUCAUUGAGCCUGAAGAAGCCUACAUUGUGAAGAACAAGCCUGUGAACCUUUACUGUAAAGCUAGCCCUGCUACCCAGAUCUACUUCAAAUGCAACAGUGAAUGGGUUCACCAAAAGGACCAUGUGGUAGAUGAAAGAGUUGAUGAAACAUCUGGACUGAUUGUCCGAGAAGUAAGCAUUGAGAUUUCACGCCAGCAAGUCGAAGAACUCUUUGGCCCUGAAGAUUACUGGUGUCAGUGUGUUGCUUGGAGCUCAGCUGGCACUACUAAGAGCAGGAAAGCUUAUGUUCGUAUUGCAUACUUACGAAAGACAUUUGAGCAGGAGCCACUUGGAAAAGAAGUGUCUUUGGAACAGGAAGUCCUACUUCAGUGUCGCCCACCUGAAGGAAUCCCAGUGGCAGAGGUUGAAUGGCUGAAAAAUGAAGAAGUGAUUGAUCCUGUAGAAGACCGGAAUUUUUACAUUACUAUAGACCACAACUUGAUUAUAAAGCAGGCACGUCUCUCUGACACAGCCAAUUAUACUUGUGUUGCCAAAAACAUUGUGGCAAAGAGGAAAAGUACAACAGCUGCUGUCAUUGUAUAUGUCAAUGGAGGAUGGUCAACUUGGACUGAAUGGUCAGUUUGCAACAGUCGUUGUGGAAAAGGCUCUCAGAAGCGUACAAGAACCUGUACCAACCCUGCUCCACUCAAUGGGGGUGCCUUCUGUGAAGGCCAAAAUUUACAGAAAAUAGCAUGUACCACCUUAUGUCCAGUGGAUGGAAGGUGGACAGCUUGGAGUAAAUGGUCUACAUGUGGAACUGAAUGUACCCACUGGCGGAGAAGGGAAUGCACAUCACCAGCCCCAAAGAAUGGUGGCAAGGACUGUGAUGGUCUUGUUCUGCAGUCUAAGAAUUGCACAGAUGGGCUUUGUAUGCAGAGUUUCAUUUACCCUAUAUCAACUGAACAGAGAACACAGAAUGAAUAUGGAUUUUCUUCUGCUCCUGACUCAGAUGAUGUCGCUCUUUAUGUCGGCAUUGUGAUAGCUGUCAUUGUUUGCCUGGCUAUUUCAGUGAUCGUUGCACUGUUCAUCUACCGGAAGAAUCAUCGGGACUUUGAGUCAGACAUUAUAGAUUCGUCAGCACUAAAUGGUGGUUUUCAAGCUGUUAAUAUCAAAGCUGCAAGGCAAGAUCUCCUAGCUGUGCCUCCAGACCUCACCUCGGCUGCAGCCAUGUACAGAGGGCCUGUCUAUGCCUUGCAUGAUGUCUCUGAUAAAAUUCCAAUGACCAACUCUCCAAUUCUUGACCCACUGCCCAACUUGAAGAUCAAGGUCUACAACAAUUCAGGUUCAGUUACUCCGCAGGAUGAGCUCUCCGACUUUUCAUCCAAACUCUCCCCGCAGAUCACUCAGUCCUUGCUGGAUAAUGAAGCAUUAAACAUCAAAAACCAGAGUCUUGCACGGCAGACAGAUCCAUCAUGCACUGCUUUUGGCACCUUCAACUCCCUUGGUGGCCAUCUGAUUGUUCCUAAUUCAGGAGUAAGUUUGCUGAUUCCUGCUGGAGCCGUUCCCCAGGGGAGAGUCUAUGAAAUGUAUGUGACAGUUCACCGCAAGGAGAACAUGAGGCCCCCAGUGGAAGAUAGUCAAACCCUUUUGACACCUGUAGUAAGCUGUGGACCUCCAGGAGCAUUGCUGACUCGGCCUGUCAUUCUAACAAUACACCAUUGUGCAGAAUCAAACACUGAAGACUGGAAGAUCCAGCUGAAGAACCAAACAGCCCAGGGGCAAUGGGAGGAUGUGGUAGUAGUUGGAGAAGAAAACUUCACUACCCCAUGCUACAUCCAGUUGGAUCCAGAGGCCUGCCAUAUCCUGACAGAAACUCUUAGCACCUAUGCCUUGGUCGGGCAAUCAAUCACCAAAGCAGCUGCAAAGCAUCUUAAGCUGGCCAUCUUUGGGCCACUGAUCUGCUCAUCUUUGGAAUACAACAUCCGUGUCUACUGUCUAGAUGACACCCAGGAUGCUCUUAAGGAAGUACUACAGUUGGAGAGGCAAAUGGGUGGACAACUCCUGGAAGAACCAAAGGCUUUGCAUUUUAAGGGAAGCACUCAUAACCUCCGCUUAUCCAUUCAUGACAUCACCCAUUCCCUCUGGAAGAGCAAACUCCUGGCAAAAUACCAGGAAAUUCCUUUUUACCAUAUCUGGAGUGGGUGUCAAAGAAAUCUGCAUUGUACUUUCACUCUGGAAAGAUUCAGCCUGAGCACACUGGAACUGGUGUGCAAGCUUUGCAUACGACAAGUUGAAGGAGAGGGACAGAUAUUCCAACUCAAUUGCUCAGUAUCAGAGGAACCAACUGGCAUUGAAUAUCCACUUGUGGAUCCGGCAGACACCAUCACCUCCAUUGUAGGACCCUGCGCUUUCAGUAUCCCUCUCCCAAUUCGUCAGAAGCUUUGCAGUAGCCUAGAUGCUCCCCAGACAAGAGGUCAUGACUGGCGGAUGCUGGCCCAUAAACUAAAAUUGGACAGGUACCUCAAUUACUUUGCCACAAAAUCAAGCCCCACCGGUGUGAUCUUAGACCUUUGGGAAGCCCAGAAUUUUCCUGAUGGCAACCUGAGCAUGCUGGCCACAGUCCUCGAAGAAAUGGGGAGACAUGAGACAGUCGUUUCAUUGUCAGCAGAAGGAAAGUACUGAGAAGGCGAGCUUAUAAUGAGAACGAAGGAAUGUUAACCAUGUCAGCUGUGGCUUACUCAAACUGAACGCCCAAACUAAUGUGUUUUCAAACAAGAGGCAUUCCAGAGGGGAAAAAGACACAAAAUCCUGACUUCUCACAUGCAUAUUCUCCUUGUACAUUAUGACAGGAUUUGAAAGAAAUCAUGCAAAGUUGUUACCUUGAUAAUAUAAUUCAGCCUAACAUCCCUCUCAGCUUGGCUGUACACUGCUUGGUACAGGAUUUUACAGUUUCCUAGGAAACGCUUUUUAUUGCUAUCCAGAUAUAUGGAUAAACUUUCUUAACAAUCCCAGUUUCUAUGAACGUUGUUUACAUCAAAUCCUGGGCAGCGGGACGGAAAUGACUGUCCAUGGCUCUCUUUUUAUAUAUUUUCCUGCUCUUCUUGUUGUUGUUCUUCUUGUUCUUCUUUUGUUAAAAGCCAUUCUAGACCAAGCCGUGGAUAAAGCAGGGUUGUGGCUAUUUUUCAGAUACAUCAUUUCCUAACACCCAUUGCAGAUCCAUUUCAUGCUUGCAAAUCUGUCCAUUAGGUGUCUUAAAAUAAUCCUUAAAACAAUGCUGUUUCUAGAUUGAGUUAUUAAGCCAGAGUUUCAAAGUCUUGCAUCUGGCAAGGAGAUAAUGUGGAUGCUAAGCAGGAAUGCACGUACCUCUCCCUAUCUUCCGCAGGGAUGCCUGUGUCCUUUGGUGACUUAAACUGCAGGGAUUUUUUUUUCCAGCUCAUGAUAUAUCCUGCCUCCAUCAUAAAACUGUGUGUGUGUGUAUGUGUGUGAGAGUGAUAUGCAAUUUGGUGUGGUUUGAGCAAGUGCAAAAACCCUACCAAAACCAAAAGAAAAAAAAGGAACAAAAAAAAAAGAAUUUGCUUGUAUGAGUAUUUACUGAAUAGUAUCUAGUGCAAGGAAUAAUUAUAUUUCUUAUUAUUAGUAGUAUUAUUUUUUGCUUACCAAAUUUCUGCAGCAUAAUCUUUGUGCAAUGGCAGCAGUAUCUUCUCUAACACUUUCUAAUGAAAUUUUCAUUCUCUUUCCUUUUUGUUUUAGUCACAAGGCUCACCUUAAAUCCAGUUUCAGUGAGCUAAGGAAUAAUUUGCUAUCAAGUAAUGAACAUUCCUUAUGAUACGUGUGCCAUUACAGAUAGGUAAUAAUGCAUUUGGUGAUAAGGGAGCUCAGCCUACAUAUUGAACAUUUCAUACGGGGGGGGGGGGGG